AUGACCCCUCACCAAGAGAAUCCUGAAUCGACUAAGCAGGCCUCCACGAAGGUUGCCACCGGCAGAGGCAAUGUGGAUGGCCCCAAUGCUGAAUCCACCCUCAAUUGGAACAACGCACGGCAUCUAUUUUCUCUUGUGAUGCUCGUUGUUGCUGGAACGCCUGGGCCAUCAGACCCAUUAACCAACGCCCAAAAUCUCUUGGUUGUCCGUGAUUCCUCAGCCCAAACAUUGCAUGCACCAUCCUUUAAUCUCCAGCGAAUCAUCAUAUCAUUCUCUCCAUGCAACUCGAGGUGCUCUCGACUCCAGAAAAUCAGCUCUCUCAACGUCGGCAGUUGGAUCGAAUAUAUUCCAUAUUACGGCGCCUUUAAUUCAGACGCCCACUUCUACACGUAG